GAAAGAGUAAGAGGGAGGGAGAAUGUGUAGGUAUAUCCAACAGUCGCUAACAAACACAAGCACAGGAGCCUCACAUCAAGAAGUAAAAGACAAGGAAAUCCUUGAGAGUCUAUUUUCAGCUGUCCCUGAAGCUCAAAGAAAGUCCUAAACUUAAUCAAGUCAAACUUAUCCUGGAGAACCCGGGCAGCAUUUGUUCUGGAUUAAAUUCCAUCGUUCGGUAAAAGGCUCCUCAUGGCUCAGUUCAGCUCCUGCCAACACCCAGACCUGUCAAACAGAGCCGUUGUCUACAGCCCAGUGGCCAUCUGUUCAGACGGGGAUGCCCAGAGCGGUCAAGAGGAUGAGGAGGCAAUGGGGGAAUAUGAAGAUGUGGAACUAGCAGAGGAGGUGGAUGAAGAUGUCUUGCUCUUAGCAGCGGAAGGACACGGGGAAGCUGAUGACAGUCUGAAUGAAUCAAAAGAGCAAAGUGAAAAUGAAUACGCGAGGAGAAGUGGUGUGGCUCCACUACGACCUGAAGAAACAAGCCAAGCCAAGGAAGGAGUGGAAAGUGUAAAUGAGGGAACAGAAGUGGGGGACGAAGAUCGGGCAAAGUUUGCUGAACAGACGACAGACAAAGAAUGUGAGACCAUCUGUGAGAAUCUAAGUUCUUCACCUGUAUCAGUAGGGGUUGAAAAGGUUAAUCCCCAAAUAUUGGACAUCAGCGAAGUCCACAAAGAGGAUGGAAGAGAUGAUCUAAGCGAAGCAGAACAAAGCACUGAAACAGAUCCAACAGUUGAGACAAGAAACCGGGACUCCAGUGUAAAGGAAGUCCAUGCUGAUUGCUUUGAUGCAUGUACGAGGCAGUCAGGAGAUGGAACCGUGUGUUCUGCUUGGAAAACCUCAGAAAACACAAUCCAACAUCCUGACCAUGUCGAGGAAGACUUGAGCCAGGUUCGUAGUCACGAUAGUCCAUGCCAAAGCAACGACUGCACCCGUGUCGGCGCACUCGACCAAGCUGAAGACAGACGGCUAAUCACUCACCAUCAAGAGGAGAUGAAAAACGCAGACAGAAAAAACAGCUUAGAUGUCGUGACAAACGUGCCUCCGGCGGAAAACAAUGAGUGUCCGGAGGAGGCGCAGACCAAAGAUACGGAGGCCCCGAAGAACUUAAGAGACGCAAAUACCAUCUCGGCUACGUACGAUCGCCAUUCUGACGAGGCGACCAAGUCAGGAAGUGAAGCAGAUGAGGAUACAGACCCAGGAACACUGAUCGCCGUGACUUCAGGAAGACAUUCACUGUCAGACGGCGGUGAUGAGAUAACGAUAAGAGCAAAAAAUAUCGGCGAGAAAGAUCAUCAGGGCAGGGCCGCCACUGUGAAGGAUGCGAGAAAGACCUGUCAGGAGAUCGUGAGACAAUUAGUGUCUCGGGAGAAAGAUACAGGAAGGGGUCUUCCAGAAAUGCAAAAAGAAAAGUUUUGUCAGCUUGAAAGCCAGACUGAUAAAGUUCCUCCCGAACCGGUUGAGCAGCAUGAGGAGGGUGCGCCUGCAGAUGGACGAGAAGAUCAUACUUUUGAUAAGGAGAAGGAAGCGUCUGAAGUGAACAAAAAAGCUGAAGUCCCAUUAAAAGAAAAUACAUCUACAACAGAUGAAGGAGGCAAAAUGCAGGAGCAUCCUUUGCAAGAUCUCAGCAGGGUCCAAAUAGAUCAGGCGGACGAGCUAGAACAUCAAGAACACAGGCGACCGGCUGGAGACGAGGAGAUUGAACAAGAAAAGGCCGCAGAAAAGGAAGUGGACAUGGGAGAGGAACCUGUCACUGUUUUAGAUGAUUACAUUGUAGAGACAACCGAGAUCCCGAGCACUCAACUCACAACACGGCCUUUUGGUGCUACCACGGAGGGUGAGGUGAAUCAAGAUCUCCAAAAAGAGACGAUGGAAGCAGGAAGAGAAAAGGGAGAGGAUAAAGAGAAAGACGUCCAAGAGGAAGAAAAGAGUACCAAAGAAGUUAUCAAUGACAAAGAUGGCGAGGAAGAGAAGUCAAACAAACAUAAGGAGAAGAACGACAAUCAGAUGUUAGAUGAUGGAGAGAAAGACUCAGAAAACGAGAGAGAAUUUAAAGGACUGAAGCCCGCAGCAGAGAAUGGGAUUGACGGUGUCCAACCGCAACCACUUUGGAAAGAGGGAUGCGGGAAACCAAAGCAACUGUCAACCAUGAGAAAAGCUGAUGGCUGGAUUAAAAGAGACCAUCAAGGUGAAGGGAUGGGUGAGGGGGUUAAGGACUGGAGAAAAGACCUGAGGCCUUAUAGAAGAAACACCUGGGAGAGCGAAAGGACGGGCCAAGAACCGGUGAUGAAAGAACAAGUGCCUCAACAGAAAUGUUCAGGGAAGAAGGAGGACUGGAUGAAAGAGUUGAAGUCAGUGAUCAAAGAUGAAUCCCUGUCCAAAAAAACAAAACAUGACCAAGUGAAGAAGAAGCGAGUGGUGCUGCUGGAAGACGGCCAGUCAUAUACACCACAGCGAGAGGAGACGAUCCCGGAGGAGAAGGAGGAGGUCAAGCAGAUCUUCCGCAGGAAAGUGGAGGGCCAUCCUGAACACAGAACUCUUCAGGACGAACACCAUGAAAUCUGUCUCUAUGUGAAGGCAGGAAGUGACGGAGAGAGCAUUGGAAACUGUCCUUUUUCUCAGAGAAUCUUCAUGAUCUUAUUGCUGAAAGGAGUCCCCUUCACCGUCACCACAGUGGAUGUUAAGAGAAAGCCGGCGAACCUGCAGGACCUCGCUCCAGGGGUCAAUCCUCCUUUCAUGACAUUCAAUGGCAAGGUGAAGGUUGACGUCAACAAGAUAGAGGAGUUCCUGGAGGAGAAGCUGGCUCCACCACGGUACCCCAGACUAGCUCCCAAACAUCGUGAAGCCAACACAGCAGGAAUCGACAUCUUUGCAAAGUUUUCUGCCUACAUCAAAAACUCAAAAAGAGAGACCCAUGAUGCCUUAGAGAGAGCCUUGCUGAAGUCUCUCCUUCAUCUUGAUGAAUUUCUGAGGACUCCCCUGUCUGAGGAGAUUGACGCAGACGCUGCCGGAGACCUGCCUGAGUCAUCCAGGAGCUUCCUGGACGGGCCCGACCUCACCCUGGCAGACUGCAACCUGCUGCCCAAGCUACACAUUCUAAAGGUUGUAACGAAGAGAUAUCGCGGUUUCGAGAUCCCUGCAGAAAUGACGGGUGUUUGGAGAUAUCUGACCUGUGCCUACCAAAGGAAAGAGUUUACAAGCACCUGCCCUGCAGAAAGGGAGAUCGAGUUCGUCUAUCGGGACGCUGCAAAACAAUUGAAAAUCUAAGGUUUUGGCUCACCGGAAAGAAAUUCUGAAUAAGAUACAAGUUCCACGAUUAGCUAGUUGGAAAGUUUAGCGUCAACAUCAAGGGAGAGGAGAGUUAAAAUGUAACCAAGCAGGAUCUGAUGUGAAUUCCUAGAUUUUAUAUAGAGGCAGAGAUUGAUUUUAUAUUGAAGUUAUCAGUUACAAAUAUAAAUUAUUUUGUGCUUGUGCCCUCACCGGUUGGGCUGCAAUGUUUU